AUGUUAUCAAUCAUUGCUCAAGGAAAUGCUCGUCGACCAAGUAGUAUGAGUAGUGCAACAAUAUCAGGAGAAGAUGAUCAUCUAUUAGAAGGCAAUGGAUUAGAAGUUACAACAGGAACUAUUUUACAACGACGUCGAUCAAGUCGACUUAAUUCUCUUCGAUUUUUACCUGAUAAUAUUCUUGUUUUAAUAUUUUCUUAUUUAACACCUCUUGAUCUUAUUCAUUGUACAUAUGUAUGUCAACGAUGGCAUCUUCUCAUAUCUCGUCAUUCAAAUUUAUGGCGACGUCUUUUCUUACGUCCGGACUGUAGUAAUGGUCAUAUAGGUGCUGUUCAUGUUCGACGUUUAGAUAUAUUUCUUCAUGCACUUGCAACACGUUUUAGUUCAUCACUUAUUUAUAUUGAUUUACCUAUUGAAUUAAUUACUGUUGAAGUUUUACGUGAAUUAGCUAUACGUUGUCCAAAUUUAGAAUAUUUAACAUUGGAUUUUUCAUCAGCUAUGCAAUUACAUGAUUUUAGUGAAUUAAAUGAAUUUCCAUGUAAUCUUAAACGUUUAUGUAUUUGUUUAUCAGAAGUCAUUUUUCUUGAAGGUUUUAUGCGUCGUAUAUAUGCAUUUUUAUCAUCAUUAAAUACAUUACAUAUAAUUGGUACACUUGAAAAAUCAUCUUUAACAUCAUCACCAGAAGAAACCGAUGAUUAUGAAACAAUAAAUAUAAGUAGAAUUAAAGCACAUGCACCUAAUUUACAUACAAUUAAUUUAUAUGGUGUAUGUUUUAUUGAUGAUAGUCAUAUAGAAGCUAUUGCAUCUGGUUGUAUACAUCUUCAAUGUCUUGCUCUAAAUUUUUGUACACGAGUAAAAGGUACAAGUUUUAAAAAUUUAAUGAAUCGAUGUCGAAAACUUACAUGUUUAUUAUUACAAAAUACAGAUGAUCCUAUGCUUGCUGUCAAUUGGUCUACGACUCAACUUUCUGAACUAGAUAUAUCAUCAACAGAUUUAAGUGAAGGUGCACUGUUAGACUUUUUUGCAAUGGUACCAAAACUUACAUAUUUAGCUGUACCUUUUUGUGAUGGUUUUACGGAUUCGGUUUUAAAUUUAUUAUUGGAACGAGGUAAAUUAAAUGGAUGUCGAGCACUUGAUUUAAGUCAUACAGUUAAUUUAAACGUUGAAGCUGUUCAUCGAUUAUUAACAUCAUUUACUAAUAUAUCUUAUCGACUUGAAGCAUUAAGUUAUACAGGUCAUGUUGCUAUAACAGAACAAUUUUGGAUUAAUGCUAUUCGAUAUCUUCAUCGAAUUAGAAUACUAAUUAUAGGUACAGCACAUAGUUGGUUUAAACAGGCAACACGUCGUAUUCAUAUUGAUCAAAUACUUGAAGCAUGUGCUGUUCAUUGUCCUCGUUUAAAACGUCUCGAAAUUCAAUGGGAUCCUGAAACACUUCGUUUUGGUGAAAAUUCAUCGAAAUUUAUUGAUCAUCUCAGAAUACGAUGCACAAAUCUAUUAUCAUUUGUUCUUUCUGAUGGACCUUAUUAUGAAGGGGCGAAAGCAAAUUUUGAACGAGCAGAACGACAUGGUAUUGUACGAACAACAACUAUGUAUCAAACAAGCAUUGUCAGUAAUCUUAGUUUUUAUAAUGAGUUGAAAUUUAAUUAA